ACGUUCUCUCCCACGAUCCAACGGGAUUCAGAAACCCCAUGGCGGCCUUCAGUCUACUAAACACCCUAUAUAUGCUUGGUCGACAACCCGAAGCCGUCCACUGGUCAUUGCUCAACUUGUCUCCGUUCAAUCUCGAGUGAGCAAUCCCUCCGGAUCUCUUGGAUGGCGAGGAAACAUCUCCAACGAGUCAGCUAUGAGCUGCCUAUGCCCGAUGGCCCGGGUGGACAUCGCUUAGGUGUGAAUGGUCUGGCCAUUGACGCUGGUCGUUCCAUCUUAUACUCAGCUGGUCGCGAUGGCGUUAUAUGUAGUUGGGAUUUACAUCUCGAUCCCCGCUCUCGAGAUCCUUCACCGAGCCGUUCUUUGUCGUCUUCGCUGGGCGAAGGUUCGCAAAGGCCGGAGUCAAGGUCCAGCACUAGUUCCGCGCAACAAACCGCCUUUCGCCGACAAGUCCAGGCCCACACCCACUGGAUAAACGAUAUUACCCUUGCUCAAAGCAAUACCGUGCUUGUAUCCGGCUCAUCAGAUACCACCGUUAGGGUCUGGCGACAGGAUUCCGAGGAUUCAAACAUACCGUCAUCCAUUGGCAGACACAGAGACUAUGUCAAGUGUUUGGCAUCUCCUCGACAUCACGCCGACUGGGUCGCAUCCGGUGGGUUGGAUCAUAAAAUCUGCGUUUGGGAUUUGAACGGCGGGGGGGAAAAACUCAAGAUCGAUGUCUCGGAGGAUGGUAAGGCGCAAAAGGGUUCGGUAUACGCUCUGGGUGCCAAAGGGUCUAUUCUAGUUAGUGGAGGGCCCGAUGGUGUCGUCCGCGUAUGGGAUUCCAAUUCUGGGAAACUUGCAAACAACUUUAUGGGCCACACAGACAACGUUCGUGGUAUCCUAGUCAACGAUGACGCAAACACUAUCAUUACAGCGUCCUCGGAUCAAACUGUCAAAGUGUGGUCGAUAACCGCCGGCCGAUGUAUGCAUACUCUUACUAUGCACAACGAGAGCGUCUGGUCGUUAUAUUCGGACCACCCUCAACUAUCCGUAUUCUACUCGAGUGACAGAGCCGGUGUAGUGGCGAAGACAGACACAAGAAACGCCGCCGAUAUGGAUCAAGGAGUCUGUGUCGCUGCUUUGCAAGAAAAUGAAGGAGUGUUUAAAGUCGUUGCUGCCAACGAUCAUAUCUGGACAGCUACACCCAAAUGCAGUAUUAAUCGCUGGAGCGAUGUUGACACCACAGAUAUCGAUUUCAUCCCAUCACAACAGUUAUAUCAUCAUACAUCUAAUGUGGCUACGCAACGCGAAUCUACCAAGACCGCCAAAAUAAAAAUUUCACGAUCCUCGAUUUUAGCCCUGUCUGAUACCUCUCAAACUCCGCAGUCGGAAGAAGCAUGCAUUCCCGCUCAAACUCAGCCAAAAGAGACCCUUGAAGGCAAGAAUGGGCUGGUGAAGCAUAUGAUGCUAAACGAUAGAACCCGUGCUCUUACUAAAGAUACGGCUGGUGAAGUUGUCUUAUGGGAUCUCAUAAGAUGCGUUGCGAUACAGUCGUUUGGCAAGGGUCAUUUAGAUGAUAUUGCUGCGAAAUUAAACACCACUAGGACUAUCGCUAAUUGGUGCACGUUGCAUAUCCGAACAGGAACACUCUCCGUUAUUUUAGAACCCCAUAGGUGCUUCGACGGCGAGAUGUAUGCUGAUGAGUCUGAUCUGCCAGACUUAAGCCAGUUCAGGGAAGAUCAAAGAAUUAAUCUGGGGAAGUGGGUCCUUUGUUAUCUGUUUGCCGGUCUCGUUGAUGAAGAGAUACGGAGGGACGCUGAGUAUCGGACGUCUCUCGAAGCAAAAAUGCAGGACUCAAAGAGUACUUCCGGACCGGAAGCUCCCAACUUUAUAGACAUCCCGCCUAUUACGAUUCAAAAUGCGGAAUCAGAAAAUUCGCCUCGGUCGCCCGCAAUGGCAGCUCAGUCUCUGGGUGAGCUACACUCGACAAGUAUAUCUCCAGGGAUGUCAAUUGGUGUUGCAACACCGGCACCGCUUUCCACAUCCACACCAGAAAACCCCUUCUCGAGCCUUGCGGAUUCAUCGGGCGAUGACCAUAAUGGAAAAAGAAUUGAUCGUCCUGGAGCGGAUGGCUAUUUCGUUUCCAAACUCAGUACCUCAUCCGUGGAUUCCUCAGCGUCGAACGCGAAAACCCCAGCGGCUGGAGAAACUACGUUGCCUGGCCCCUCCCCAACCUCUCCAGUUGGACCAGAAAAAGAAGAGAAGGCUAAGCGCAGUGGCUCUCUGUUUGGCAAGAAAUUCCAGAUGUCUUUUCCUAAAAAGCUAGGCCGGACGUCUACGGAAGCAAAGCCCGUCGUGGAAGAGAAAACGGAGGAAUCUGACGGCUCUUCAGAAAAGGAAAAGGAAAAGGUGCCUGAUCUAACGUUUCGCGGUGUUAUCGACGAGAUGAGAGCUUCGUACGAGACGGCUUUGGCAGCAGAGCCCGAACAAAAGCUCCAGUCAAAGAUCACACCGAUCCCUGAAAAUGAAACGCCAGUAAUAUCCAUUCCACCAAAUACACCAAUUAUCAUUCAAGAGGAUGGCCCGGGCAUUCCAGUUGCCCCUGAUAUCUAUAGAGGAACUGUAACGACUAUCAGCCGAGAUACUGACGAGCUAGAGAAAGUCGCACCGGCGUGGCUUGGGCGUCUUCUCUUGGAGAAUCGAAUGGAGGGAGAUACUGUAAAAAUUACAUUCUCCGUCAAACCAUACAAAAACCUCUUGCCUGAGGCCAUCGAUCCGAGUUCAACCAACUCUCGAUUAAGCGCCAAUCGAAUGCUUCGUGCCAAAAAGAUCCUUGCAUAUGUCGCAGAACGUAUUGAUCCACAGUACUCCGCGGAUAACUCAGAUGAAAACUACAUGAAGCCGGAAGAUUAUUUGGAAUUGUACUGCCAAAACACAUUAAUACCUCCCGACAUGACUCUGUUGACAAUGCGCACCCAUGUCUGGCGUACAGGCAAUGAUAUGGUCCUUUACUACAAAGCAAAUGGCAAACGCAUAAUCCCAUUCCAUCAGAAGGACGACUCGCAGACCUGUGCUACCAAUGGUAGCACCGCUGUCGCCGCUGCAGGAGAGGAUAACGAUGGCCAAAAACAACCGCAGCAAGAAAACGGCAAAUCUACAGAAUCUACAGGCAUGUUACCAGCAGCAAACAGCAAUUCCGGAGCCAAGAAAGAUGGGACGGCUGGGAUAAGCACUGGAGGUUCGACGCCUGCGUCUCAUUCACGAACUGGGUCUUCAACUGAACUUCUAGCAUGAGGAUAUCAGAGCAAUCGCUGAUGCAUAUCUGCUAAUCAUUUAAUUCAUCAUUAUAUUCUCCCUAACCCCCAUCCGGGGAUUUUCUACCAAGGCGCGCAUUUAAACUAAUUGGAUUGUAUGAUUGCCCCGGCAAUUGAGUUGUACAACGUGUUCAUUGAUUUCGUGUCUAUAUCUUCGUGUCAUUCAUAUACAUAAUUUACGGAAUCGGGAACUCAUCGCUCGUCGAAAAGUUCCUAUUUAUGGAUAUGGAUGUAUGUACAACAAGCUUCUUUUUAAGAACAAUCCAGAAAUUUUUUAAAAAAAAAAGAAAAAAAGAAGCCUCCGUAAAUGAAUAAAACCGACACCACAUAACAAAAGACGACCAAAAAGCUUCCCGCUUCCCUAUUCGCAGUAAACGCCAGUGAAAGCCCAGCCUGGUCAAUCCCAUAUUUAAAAUGCUAUGAUUACUAAAGUUAAGAAAAGGAAAGAGGAAAGAGAAAAUGAGGGAAAAGGGGAAACUUUCUUUCUUUUCUUUUGAGUAUCGGAUAUAUCAAGUCUCGUAAUCAUCAUUUCUGGUUUUGAUUAUUUGUUGGUGGCGGGGCCCCGGAUGGUGGCUCCAGGACGUGCGUAUGGUUGGGCGCGUUCAUAACUUGGCCCGACUCUUCUUGUCUACAGACCUCGCUACUUCGCACCCAUUCGUCUGAGAGCACUUCUUCCAGCGUCGCUCGUUCACGUGGGUUAAUUUUCAACAUGCGGCCGAUGAUUUGUCUGGAUUCUCGGGGCAGAAGCCGGAGGAGUCUCCAGGGGCCUUUGAUAACUUCCUGUCGUUGACCGGAGCCGCCAUGCGACUGUGACUGUUGCGAUGGUGGUGGAUUGGUAGCUUUCGGGGCGGUUGUCGGCUGUUCGGAUAGUGAGCUCGUGUUAUUGGGAGGAUGAUUUUCGUUCUUCUUCAAAUCUCGCGCCGCGGGGUCGGAUUGAGGGUAUAUACCUCCGCUCCCAUGCCGGUGAUGGUGUCGAGAGACCGGUGAACGUCCACGGUCACUUCGCCAUUCUUUAUCCACAGAAGCCAAGUCUGCCGUAGAUCUUGGCCGUGGUCGACCAACUUCUCUCGGUGGACCGUCAGGGACUGGAGUUCCUGGUGAAGGUGGUGAAACAAAAAGCUUAUACGAGUUAUCGGUUAUUCUAGGUUGCUUCCAUGGGAAUCGACGUAAAGACAUGCAGCAAAAUAUUAUAGCUAGUGACCAGAUGUCCGUCGCCCGGGGAUCGUAUUUC